ACGAAAAUGUUAUCAUACAUCAGACUUUGACCGGCUGAGUUUUAAUUUUUUACUGUUUCAUUUUGAUUUCGCCCCGAAAGAAUUUGAAUGAUCUUCUGAAAUGACACGAUUUGUUGCUCUAAAUUUCUGAAAAUAUUGUUGUAUACUUUUAGCAAUUAUUAUACUCAAAUGGCUACUGCAGAAUUUAGCAAAGUCCUUCAAAAAGCACGAAAUGCUUUUAAAGGAGGUAUAACUAAAAAUGUCGAUUUUCGCAUUCAGCAGCUCAACAAUUUUUACAGAAUGUGCGUUGAAAAUGAGCAACAACUUGCUGCAGCUGUUACUCAAGACUUGGGAAAGCCUACUCAAGAAUCGAUUCUUUUUGAAGUAGAGUUUCUUCUCAAUGACAUUCGAUGUAUGAAGCAAAAUAUUCGAAACUGGGUAAAGCCUGAACCAACAGAAAAGAAUUUUAUCACACUUUUGGACGAGACAUUCAUCCAAAAAGAACCAUAUGGAGUUGUUUUUAUCCUUGGUGCAUGGAAUUAUCCAGUGCAAUUAUCCUUGAGUCCUAUGGUUGGUGCCAUAACCGCUGGAAAUUGUGUCAUUUUGAAGCCUUCGGAACUGUCUCCUAAAACUGCAGAUCUUAUGAAAACUCUUCUACCUAAAUAUUUAGACAAGGAAUGUUAUCAUGUUGUUACUGGUGGACCUGAUGAAACUGUUGAAAUGCUAAAAGAAGAAUUCGAUUAUAUAUUUUACACUGGAUCAACACGUGUUGGACAAUUAGUUCGUGAUGCAGCAAAUAAACAUCUUACCCCUUGUACUUUGGAAUUAGGAGGGAAGUCGCCAGUCUACUUGGACGAUUCUAUUAACUUUGAUGUUGCAUGUAAACGUUUACUGUGGGGAAAACUCAUUAAUGCUGGACAAACCUGUGUUGCACCAGAUUAUUUACUAUGUACAGAAAAAGUUCAAGAAAAGCUCAUUCCUGCUUUGAAAAAGACUUUGAAGGAAUUUUAUGGUGAAAAUCCUAAAGUUUCAAAAGAUCUUGGGAGAGUUUUGAAUGAAAAGCACUUUAACCGCUUGCUGGGGCUCAUGAAACACGGUGACACUGUUAUUGGUGGAGAACAUGAUGAAUCAACUAGAUACAUUGCCCCCACUGUCAUAAAAAAUGUUAAACUGAGUGAUCCUAUAAUGCAGGAAGAAAUAUUUGGUCCUUUGUUUCCAAUUGUCACCGUAGAUGGCCCAGAAGAAGCGAUAGAUAUUAUUAAUAGCAAAGAUAAACCCUUGACCUUGAACGUAUAUUCAAAGCAGCAUGAUGUUAUUCGGAAGUUUAUAGAAAACACAUCUAGCGGCAGCGUGUGUGUGAAUGACUCCAUUGUUAAUCUUUCCAUUGAUGCCUUACCUUUUGGUGGAGUUGGGAAAAGUGGUAUUGGAGCUUAUCAUGGAAAAUAUUCAUUUGAUACAUUUUCUCAUAAGAAGGCUGUACUCAUUAGAAAUUAUUCUAUGCUGGGAGAAAAGUUAGGAGAAGCUAGAUAUCCGCCAUAUUCUCCAGCUAACCAAAAGUAUUUAAGAAAAUUGUUAAAGAAACGACCAAAUUUACUGCCACCUCACAUGGACUAUGUAGCAAUGUUUCUUUUGGGUGUCUCAUUUGCUGUAAUUGUAAAAGUUAUUCUUCAUUUUUCUGGCGUGAACUAUUUUUGAGUAUAGCAAGUUCUACAGAUUCUUUCAAGCUUUCUGAGUGAUGUAACUAGAAAGGUGUAAAUAUAUAGAGAUCUCUAUUUCUUUCUGUGAAAUUCAAAUCAUUUUCUGUGAUAAUGUGUUGUACAUUUAACACAAUACAAAAGAAAAAAAAAAAGAAACGUAACAGUGCAAAGUUUUUAAAAUAAUUUGUACAAAAGCACUUCAUGCAUGCCAUAUGUUUUUUAUAUUUGUUAACAAACUUGUUAAAUAUUUCGAGAUAUUGUUUUUAAUGAACCUUCCUCUGAGUUAUGUGCUUUUGUCCAACUUUUGUUAAUUGUACAAAAUUUUUUAAUCAUUUAUUGUUUGUUCAUUGCUUAUAAAUUUGUCUUCUAUUUACAUAUCAUUUUGAAUGACAAAUUUUCAUAUUAAUCAGUUGUUCAAAAUAAAUUACUUUUUAUGUAUUUUGUUAUUGCAAAAAUAAACUGUU